AGAACGAUAGACUAAUAAAUAAUAAAUAAUAAAUUUUUCUAAAGAGCAUUAUAUAAUAUACAUUUGAUUUUAUUCUCUAAAAUAUGUCUAAACUAAUUAUCAUAUUUCUAAAUGUAUUGCUCAAUUUGUAUUUUACUUUCAGUUCAGGAAAUAGCAUUCUUCAUUUAAAUCUUACCGCAGGUGAAUUAUGUCUAAAAGGAAAUAAUGAAUUUACUUCCAAUUCUUAUUGCCGCCGUUUUGAUGAAUGUCCUGAGAGUAGAAGGCAAACUCCACAACACGUCGUUCCUAUACUAUGUUCGUUUGAUGAUUCAUAUCCUAUAAUAUGUUGCCUACCAAAGGACUAUGAAACGAAACGGCCAGAAAAUACGACCGAUGAUCAAAAACAAGUGGCUGGCAAAAUGUGUCAUAAAUAUUCUAAAUUUGUUCAUAGAAUACCGGAAGUUCCAGAUUUUGUGCCUUAUAUUGUCGGUGGUAAAAAAGCUGUACGUGCCGAAUUUCCUCACAUGGCUCUUAUAGGCUUUGGAGACACGAUUGAAGAAGUUGAUUGGACUUGUGGAGGCUCAUUAAUAAGUAAUAAUUGGGUUUUAUCAGCUGCGCAUUGUGUUGAGUAUGUAAUAUUACCGGAGGAUAUUCAUAUAGAAGGUGUUCCCAACAUUGUAAAAGCGAAGUGGGUUCGUCUUGGAGCUUUAUACGUAGAAGAUAGUAGUGAUUAUAAUUUUCGUAGCGAUUAUAAAAUAAUACAAAGUAUAAUUAAUCCAAACUAUCAAGAAGACAUUUCAUACAAUGAUAUUGCUUUAUUCCGGCUAGAUAGAGAAGUUCAAUUUUCAGAUUAUGUCAGACCUAUUUGCUUAAAUGUUGAUAAAUCCCUUGAACCCCAAAAAGUGCUGGCUACAGGCUGGGGCAAUACAUCACCUGGUGGAGAUUUUAGUUCUUGUCUAUUAAAAGUUGAGUUAGACUAUAUACCAGUUUCAUAUUGUAAUAAUACCUAUUCUUUAAAUGUGAUAGAAAACUUAAUAUUUGGAGUAUUUGAUGAAAUUCAAUUAUGUGCUGGUAGUUACCAAGGAGGAAAAGAUACAUGUCAGGGCGAUUCUGGAGGACCUCUUCAAAUAAAACACGCAAAUUACCCAGGAAUGUAUACACAAAUAGGAGUAACAUCUGUUGGAAAAUCAUGCGCAGAUAAAAAUUUUCCUGGUGUUUACACAAAAAUUUCCAAUUAUAUCUCGUGGAUUGAACAAAUUGUAUGGCCAAAUUAAAUACUCCUAGUGUAAAACAGAAAAAUUAAGGACUUUUUUUACUUAAAUAUUAAAAUUUUUAAACUACUUAAAAUUAUAAUCAUUUUUUUAGUUUUCGUUUAUAACUUCUUAAAAUAUUAACUAAAUUAGAGUUUUAUUAUCAUUUGUAUUUUAGAAUUAAACUUCAUUAAAUAUGAAUAUAAAUUAUACAUACUUUGAAUAACAA